AUGGCUGUGUUUCUGAUAAAUGUAUGCAAGUUCAACGGUUGUGAGAAGAUUUUCCCAAGCUUGACUGAUUUAAUACACCACAUAGAGGACACACAUAUAGAUGACUCACUGGCGCCCGAGGUAACGGAAAAGACACAGCCAACAUGUCUUCCUCUCAGCUACGUGCUACGAUUCGUAACCGAUAACAACCGCCGGGAUGUUGUUGCCGCACCGGUGGCAGUUGCCUCGAAUGGCACCGACAGAAACAACGCCACCCAGGCCAACGGCACCGGUCUGCGGUUGACCAAUACGGCCGCAUCAAUCAACCAAACGGCGGACCACCACCCGCACGGUACCGCGACAACCAAUUCCAGCACUAUCGCGAAUGGUGGCAACGGUGGCAUUGCGGUUGCCACCACAAACGGUUGCACUACCGACCAGAACGGUACGGUAGCGUCGGGUGGUGGCGGUAGUGGCGCUACCGGUGGUGGAACAGAGCCGACCAAAAAUCACCUCAACCAAACGGUUGGCACAACCGAUCUCAAGCGCAAAAUUGCCAUUAAACAUCACAGCUACAGCAUCGCGGCAUCAAACCGUAGCACAACGCCAACAGGUAGCGAAAUGGAUGACGACGAGAUGAUGGUGUCCGAAUCCGAGGACAGCAACGAUUCUUGGACAACGGAGGAGUUCAGCUCCGAGUUUAUUAUGCGCUACGGAAGCCGACGCCAUUCUGCAUCAGGUGGUGGUGGUGGUAUAAAUUCUUCGAACGAAAAACCGUUCGCCUGUCCGGUGCCGGGCUGCAAAAAGCGUUACAAAAACGUCAACGGCAUCAAGUACCAUUCGAAAAAUGGUCACAAAAAGGACGGAAAUCGGGUCCGUAAAGCCUUCAAGUGCUACUGUGGAAAGAGCUACAAGACGGCACAGCGGCUGAAAAAUCACAACAUGGUGGUACAUGCAGCGGCCACUCGGAACGGGUCUCCGGUCGACGGGACAAGCCUGGCCGCAGCGGUACCGCUUACAUCGCCGUCUCUUCCGUCGGCCACGCUGAUCUCGCCACCGGUCAAAUCUCCUCCGCUAUGCAACGGUAGUAGCAGCCCGGCCGCCAGCACCUCGCUGAGCUCUAGCAGUAGUAUUGUGACGGCAGCCGCUGCCAUCGCCUCUAGUCAAAUCGGUACAAACGCAAACACUACUAACGCUACGUGUACUAGUCCAUCCACACUUACUAUAACGCAGGUAACACACAAGGUGCCACGUGCACUCGUACUGGCGGCAAACGGUGCCGCCGCUACCACACCGAUGACGGUCAGUGCGGCUACGACGGUUGUGGGCGGUACGGCGUCGACAGUUACCGCCACACCCGUCACGCCGACCAACGUAUUCCCCGUGUCGCCGACCAUCACAGCCGGUGUGUCGCCCAACUCAGGUGCGGCCACGUCGGCCGGUGUGUCGCCGGUAAAUAUUAAGUACGACAAUCUCGGCAUCCUAACGCCGGCCACCUCGCCGAAGCUGAUCGCUGCCAGCCUUUGCCAGGAGGUGAACCAGCCACUGCUACAGUCAACGGUCGCUUCCGGUGCUGGUGGUGGCAAUGGUGCAGCCGCAACCACCGUCCUCGGUGGGUUGUCACUCAAAACUGUCAGCGGCAGUGUUACUGUUGGUGGAACUGGUGGUGGUUCCGGGGGUGGUGGUGGUGGUGGUGGUAAUACUACCAACGAGCUGGUUAGCGCUACCGGUGGUGGUAAUGUUGGCAUUGCCCUGGUCGUUUCAUCCACCACCGUCGGGAAUGAGGCGAAGCUAAAUGCAACCGGUGGUAAUAAUAAGAACGCAGUGCUCUCGGCGUCGGUCACGGCUGGCCAGCUGUACGCCGAAGAGACGUAG